ACGCUUUCUUUUAAAAGUCAUCUCACAACGGUUAACAGCAUUGUUUUUGUUACUUUUGAUAGUCAAAAAUAAACUAUAACCACAAUGAGUGGACGAGGAAAAACCGGUGGAAAGGCUCGUGCCAAAGCCAAGAGUCGCUCUUCCAGGGCGGGACUGCAGUUCCCCGUCGGCCGUGUUCACAGGCUUCUCCGCAAAGGCAACUAUGCUCAGCGCGUUGGUGCCGGUGCUCCAGUUUAUUUGGCCGCUGUGCUCGAGUAUCUCACUGCUGAGAUCCUGGAGUUGGCUGGAAACGCCGCUCGCGACAACAAGAAGACCCGUAUCAUUCCUCGUCACCUGCAGCUGGCGGUGCGCAACGACGAGGAGUUGAACAAGCUUCUGGGUGGCGUGACCAUCGCUCAGGGUGGUGUGCUGCCCAACAUUCAGGCCGUACUGCUGCCCAAGAAAACCGAGAAGACCGCGAAGGCCAAGUAAACUGACAAGAGGUUCUCUUCAAACCAAAGGCUCUUUUAAGAGCCACCCAAUUUUUCCGUGAGAGACUGAUUUCUUUAAUCCAAUCACUAUUUUGAUAUCAGUUGAUAUCAGCCCAGUAUACAAUUAAAUACGUUGUACUUUUUCCAUUUUGUAUAAAUGGCUUUAUUAACUUCAUUAGAUUUGCAAGUUCCAAGUAUAUGGGUCAUUCCUGGGAUUUGGUAAUAUUUCAUCCUGGAAUUAA